GCCCCAUCAACGAGAGAACUUGUUUCCACGACCUGACCUGGCCUGACCCACAAACCAGACCUGCCUCAGCGGCUGACCUAAGCACACCCGCCCGCAAGCCAGCGUGUGCGUGCAUGCGGCAUUGCACUCCAAAAAUUUCGAGGGUAUCGCGCGGCCAAAGAGGGACGGCAGCAGCAGCAGAUUGAGGUGCGGCCGGGCAGCAACAACAACGACGACGAUAACACCAACACUACAACCGCCACCAUGGUGAAGCCCAGGAGGUUGCACGGCCUCAAGCGGCCGAAAAUCCGGCAGAGCUGGAACAAAUACAACCUCUACAACAUCUCCGAGGCGCGGGCCCCGGGGCUCGGCAACGGCGCAAAGGACACGUACUUCCAGCAGAAAUGGAAGGCAAAGGGCCUGCUGCGGGCGUACCAUGGCGAGCACGUCGUCGAGCGCAAGUGGGCGCGCAUGUUCUCCAGGCGGCUGCUCGGCGUCUCGAGCACGAGCCCAGAGUACCUCGCGCAGAACGACGGCUCCGAGAUGGCCCGCGGCAAGGGCUUCGGCCUCGCCACGCGCCCGCGCGACGUCCCGCAGAAUAAGAACGGCGCCGAGACGCCCUACAUGCAGAUGACGUUUGCGCCGAUGGAGCGGAGGCUGGACAUUGCCGUCUUCAGGGCCAUGUUUGCCAGCAGCGCCAGGCAGGCAGCGCAGUUCUGCAUCCACGGGGGCGUCAAGGUCAAUGGCAAAGUCAUGCCGUUCCCUUCAUAUCAACUCAACCCGGGCGACAUGUUCCAGGUCGACCCGGAGCGUGUAAUGUUCGCCACAGGCCUGCCCAAGCACGGCACGAAGCCAAGGCGGCCACGAGAUCAGCACAGACGCGGCGGCAAGGCCGCCAAGGCCACAGGGGAGGAGGAGGCCGCCACUGAGGAAGCCAAGGCGGAGGAAGAGGCCAACGAGGAGGAGACGUCAGGUUCGGCAGCCGAGCAGGACCCGGACACGACAGACCUGCCCGAGGCCGAGAAGCAGGACAUGGCGCCCACGAAGCAGGAGAUACAAGGCCUGAUCAAGCAGGCCAAGGAGGUGCUGUCCGAGCAGAAGCUCACCGUCGCCCAGAAGCGCCGUGUGCGUGACUUCAUCAAGCAGUCGAAGCCUCUGCUCGGCAAGAGCAGCCGCGCCAGUGCAAACCCGGCCGAGAUCCUGGAGCAGCUCUCAGAAAUGGUGGCCGGCCUCAAGGUUGAGGACAGCAGCGCCGCAGAGGCGGCGGACAGUGCCACUGACCAGCAGCAGCAGCAGCAGAAGAAGCAGCAGCUCAGCGUGGACGACCUGAGCCCCGAGGAAAAGAACCGGCUGCGCGACCUGAUCGCGCAGGAGCAGGAGAACCCGCACGACCCGAGCAAGCCGUACCUCACACCCUGGAAGCCGCGCCCGUACAUGGCGCCGUUCGCCUACAUCCCGCAGUACCUCGAGGUCAACCAGAACAUCUGCUCCGCCGUAUACCUGCGCCACCCCGUCGCCAGGAAGGGCCUGGCCGAGGUGCCGACUCCUUACGACCAACAGACUAACCAGCUCGCAUUCAACUGGUAUCUGCAGCGCAAGUAGAUAAGGACUGUCCUUGCCUACCUUGUCGUCGAGCAAAUGGCAGAAGUCGACAAGCGAUUUGGCUCGUGGCAUCAGGGACCAGAAAAUGUACAAUAGGCGACCUUUUACACUCACGUCGAUCGCCAUCGAGCAUCAUCACCCCGGCUCCAAUCACCACUACCUCCACACGUUAUCCCGCUGAUGCAAGGGUGAGCAAGCCUGGGGAGGAGGACCAACGUGCUUGUAAUGGGGCUGUAUAUAAACAAAGACGGCGCAGAGGAGGACGCAGAAGCGGCGCGAAAAGGGGUGGGAGAGGAUGUUGGAACGUUACCGACUACAGCUAGGACACACAGUACCUAGACUUUGGGAAAUACCGUAUCGAGCAUGUAGAGUCCUCGUCUCGGCUUCUUUCCACGAUGUAUAAUACCACUACAAUAUACCAAAGGGGGUGCGUUGUACCACCAGAAAGAAAGCCAUCCACCCAAUCACGCCUGGGACACA